AAUUAAUAUAUAUAGAGCAUAAUUAGACUGAUAAAUCUAUAAAUAAUGGUAAAGUUGAGCAGAAUCCUUAAAAAGUCCAUAGUUAAGUCCAACACUGGUCCAGCCAAGGUUGACAACGUCCCAUUUGCAAGUAUAGAAUCAUUUGCCUCAAAAGGGAAGAUCCAACCAACAAUAGACUUUUCAAACUUAGAUGUUCCAAAUGAUGAGAUCAUAAACUUGAAGAAUUCUUCACAUUUCGAUGAUAUUGAAAAGAAAAGGACAAAAAUAAAGGUUAUUAAAAAAAAUAGGAUUAUUUCAAAAGUCGGAAGUAAUAAAACAGAUACUUCCAUGGUAAGCCCAAAGAUUAAAGAAAAAAUAAGAGGGAAGGUUUUGGGAAGGAACGAGAACACUCAAAAACAAGUAAAGGUCACGAAACCCCUUUUCUCUGCAACCGGAGAAGAACAAGUUACAAAGAAGAAGGCCUCGGACGUCAAGGUGAAGAAAACCCUCAACAAGGUUUUAUCUAGAGGUAAAAGGAAACGUGAAGAACGUAAGGAGUCGUGGAGAAGAAAACAUACUUUUGAAGCUGAGGCAAAAAAGGUUAUUGAAUCUUAUAAAAAGGAAGACAUGUACGGGAAAGCCUUGGGAAACUUUGUAGAUAUACAAUCGCAAUUGGAUCUUGUAAAUAAAUCGAAAGGUUCAGAUAACAAGACCGGCCCGUCAAAGAACAAGAAUACUAAACACACACGAAAAAUCGGCCGAAUGGAUAGAAAACUAUUACAAUUAGCUACUACAGGUGUUUAAAUUGUUUUAAUUGAUUAUGUGUGUCAGUCUCGGUACCCACCAAGACGGCCCUCGUCACCCUUGUCAGAUUAUUUU